AUGAUUCCCGGGAAAUACCGCUCUGUUUCUGGCCGGGCUGCGAGCAACGUUGAAUUCAAGCUAAAUAAAGAAACGCCAUCAUUCCCUGGUCGACUUUUACAACAUGAUCUUGAAAGAAACUACUCAAGUAGGCAAGGAGAUGGAAGAGUAAUAAGCCCUUCACCUCGUAAUAAAUCAUCCUGCAUCUCAUCCACAACAAAUGUGGCAGAAUUAUGUGGGCUGGAAAUGAAAACUACCAUGAGCUCCUUAUCAGCAUUUGGAGAUUCUUCCAUUCAGACACCUUCAAAGUCCAAAAUCCGGCCGGGCUGUCAUAGUGCUGGCCCAAAUGUAUCUGGUGAUCAUAUUAAUUUGGUGAGCUCAUCAAUGCCAUCAUUUCCCAUUCUCCAACGUUCUUCUGAAGAGAAAAUUCUUUACUCAGACAGGUUGACCCUAGAAAGGCAAAAGCUGACCGUAUGUCCUAUCAUCGAUGGGGAAGAACACCUUCGUCUGUUGAACUUUCAACACAAUUUUAUAACUCGGAUCCAAAAUAUUUCUAAUCUGCAGAGGCUAAUAUUCUUGGAUUUAUAUGAUAACCAGAUUGAAGAAAUUAGUGGGCUUUCUACUCUGAGAUCCCUCCGUGUCCUUCUGUUGGGGAAAAACAGUUUUGAGAGUGUUUGCUGCCUUGCUGAUUCUACUUCUCUCUCAGACAUCACUUUUGAUGGCAAUCCAAUAGCUCAAGAGUCAUGGUACAAGCACACUAUCCUUCAGAAUAUGAUGCAGCUGCGCCAGCUAGAUAUGAAGAGAAUCACGGUCUUUCUUAAUUCAGCAUCUUUGUUACUUCUAAUUGAUCUUCCUGAUGAGGUUGCAAGGAACAGGGAAGAAGAAAGGCGUAUGGCAUCUGUUGUAGCCAAAAAGAGGAAGAGAAGAAGCGAGAAAGUCAUAAGCAAUCUUUGCUUAAGCAUCGCUAUAUCUACCUCAUUAAGAAAAAUUUAUUUUGCCGACUCCAAGUCAGCCAGAAAACCAAAUGCAUGGAGCCAGCAUGAUAGCCAUCCUCCAUUUACUCACUGCCCCUGCCUCUUUCAAAGUAGCCUUGGAGAGAAGAAAAGGUUAACAAUUAACAACGUAGCUCGAAAGUGGGACUUGCAACAACAUCGCAUUACCAAUAUUGCUACAAACCAAGAUAGAAAAGAUUCUGACUCUCAGGACCACUGUCAGAACGAUGGAAGCACCAUCUCUGCAUUUCCAGAGGAAACAGGGUCUCUGGACUCAGGACUCACCAGUGCUUUACAAGGUCUAUCUGUCACAGACACACACCUUGUCGAAGUGGAGGGAGACACACUUUCCUUGUAUGGCUCAGGAGCGCUGGAAUGUCUGGAUCGGAACUGGAGCGUGCAAACAGCAGGAAUGGUGACAACAGUGUCCUUCACUUUCAUAGAAUUUGAUGAAAUCGUCCAAGUGCUUCCCAAAUUGAAGAUUAAGUUUCCUAAUUCUUUGCACCUUAAAUUCAAGGAAACAAAUCUUGUAAUGCUGCAGCAAUUUAAUGCACUAGCACAACUCCGUCGAGUUGACCAGCUGACAAUUGAUCCUCAAGGAAAUCCAGUUGUCAAUUUUACGCUCUGGAAAUAUUAUGUUCUGUUUAGACUGAGCCAUUUUAAUAUGCAGAAAAUAAAUGGAACAGAGGUGACGCAAAAUGAUAUGAUAAUGGCUGAAAGGCUCUUUGGAAUCCUAGCACAUGUAGCAUCUUCUGAAUUACCCCAGUACCAUCUGAUUUCAAUUCUGGGUGACGCCAGGAAGAAGCAAUUCCGGUAUCUUCUAGAAACGAAAGGGAAAAAACCUGGUAUUGUCAAUGAAGAAAAUAAUGAUAGCAAGAGACUUGUGGGAGAAAACACAAAUCGUGCUACACUAAAUUAUACCACAAGAGACUUUUAUAAUGAAAAGCUGGAGGAUGGAAGCAAAUUGAGCCAAGAGCUGGAGGCCAGAAGUUCCCACUCCUGCCCUACACAUCUAGACUUUGCGUUUUUACAUUUUCUACUACAUUUCAAGGCAAGUAACUUUAAUUUUGCUUCUCUGUCCUCUGUCACUGUGAAAUACCACAUCUCCAUGGGAAUAGAGGAUGCCUUUGCCUUCAGCAAACCUGCUAAAAUCCUUCUAGAAUGUGAUGUAGCAGGAUUUGCCUUUCCGUUGGUGGAGGUUGGGCAUGUACGAGAAGAGUUGCUUGUUUCCAGAAUGCAAACUCUCCAAAUCCAGAGAUACAGGCGAUCUCUCAUGGAGGAAGCAGUGGCUGCAAAAAUUAAAAUGGAAAAUCCUUAG